UUGACGUCAACUCUAGCAAGCGUUUCGCCCAGACAGACUGUCUAUUGCAUGCCUUGAAGUAUGUGAAGUGGAAUCGACCAUACGCCCGAGGUCCUUCAGAUUCCUCCCAAUUGUUGUCCUUGUUGAUUUCUGAUGGAACGGAUGAGCACCAGGGGAGAGUGCUUCUCCAAAUGAUGCUGUUUGGAUAUGUUUGGAUAGAUCAGGGUAUAUUAUCUGAUGAAACGAGGCUGUAAAGACUUAAACUUUGAUACACAUAUUCGGCUGUGUUUUCUAUUGUAGAGAUGGAGAGUGACCGUGUAGCCAUCUUGAAUGACGAUGAAGAGGAUCAGAAGAGAAAGUAUGUCCUCUCCGAGCCUUUCAACACCUUAUCCAUGGAGCAGGCGUCCGACACUUCCCUCUCUGGGCCGACUCCCUCCGACACCCCCUCCAGUGUCUCGGCCUCCCAGUCGGGCCAAAGCAUGGACUGCCUGGAGAGAGGCUGCUUACACAUAGACAAUCACCUCCUGGUCUCCAAGGUCUUCUAUUUCUUCUUCUACGCAGCCUACGGUUCUCUCCAUCCCCUCCUUGCCGUGUACUACAAGCAGCUGGGCAUGAGCCCCAGCCAGGGCGGCCUGCUGGUCGGGAUCCGCUACUUCAUCGAGUUUUGCAGCGCUCCGUUCUGGGGCCUAAUGGCCGACCGGUUCAAGAAAGGCAAGACUGUGUUGGUCUUCUCCGUCUUCUGCUGGGUGAUCUUCAACUGUGGCAUCGGUUUUAUCAAGCCAGCAGCCAUGAGCUGUGUGGUGAAAGACCCUAUUGUGAACACUAGUCACCCCCUCCCUGCAGGAAAUCGUACCAGGAAUCGUAGAUACAUAUUUGAAAGCCUUCCUCCCAGGCUCUCACUAAUGCGGGAUAUGGAACCUGCUUACAGGGUCCAGGAAAGAUACAUUAGGAGUGUGGAUGUCAAUAAUUCAGACCACUCAACUGGGUCUCGUGGUUUAACAACCCCCAUACCUAUUAAUGAAGCCGUAAUACCCAACAUAACCAGUACUACUACUACCACAACCACCACAACAACUACCACAACAACUACCACUACUUCCAAAGCUGUAAAAACAACCGCCAUCACCACCACCACAGCCAAGCCGAAGGACCAUAAAAUUGUCUUCAACCAUGACCAGGUUGAGACCAUCUUCCUUCUGAUCCUGUUGGUUAUCAUCAUUGGGGAGUUUUUCAGUGCCCCAGCGGUGACCAUUGUGGAUACGGUCACGCUGCAGUACCUGGGGAAGCACCGUAACCACUACGGGCUCCAGAGAAUGUGGGGCUCGCUCGGCUGGGGCCUGGCUAUGCUCUCAGUGGGCAUCUGGAUCGACCACACUCCCAUCACCCUCGUAAUCAAGGGUUCUGGCUGCGUACUGCCCGACUACAAGAACUACCAGAUCGCCUUCAUCGUCUUCGGCGUGCUCAUGACCUUGGCUCUCGUGGUGGCCACGCAGUUCUACUUCGACAACAGGGACUACCGGCCCGGGGAAGGGGAGGAGGAGAAGGGGAAUGAGGUCGAGAUUCCACACGUCGUUCAGAACAUUCCAAGUCCCGAGGCCAGUUCCGAGGAGGCCCCUGUGUGCCCUAAGGCCGCUCACCAACCUCUCCCCAUUAAAGAGCUCCUACGGCUGCUCUGCGGCAUCCAGUAUGGCUCGGUGCUGUUUGUGGCGUGGUUCAUGGGCUUCGGCUACGGGUUCGUGUUCAGCUUUCUGUACUGGCACCUGGAGGACCUGAAGGGAACCACCACUCUGUUCGGCAUUUGCUCGAUACUCAGCCAUGCGUCAGAGCUGGCUGCUUAUUUCACCAGUCACAAGCUGAUUGAGCUAGUGGGCCACAUCAGGGUGCUUUACAUUGGACUGGCCUGUAACACCGCUCGCUACCUGUAUAUCUCAUACCUGGAGAACGCCUGGAUCGUUCUACCCAUGGAGGUCCUUCAAGGUAUGACGCAUGCCUCCGUGUGGGCGGCCUGUAUCUCCUACCUGAGUGGUGCCGUGCCGCCUGCCCUGCGUACCUCCGCCCAGGGGAUCCUGCAGGGCCUGCACCUGGGCCUCGGCCGCGGCUGUGGGGCCGUGAUCGGGGGAGUCUUUGUCAACUACUUCGGAGCAGCAGAAACAUUCCGAGGGAUUGGAAUGGCCUCCCUCGUCAUCCUCCUCCUCUUCUCCCUAAUUCAGUGCCUCACUGGACAGAAUGAGGACAAGAAAGAAGAUCACAUUUUGGCCGAGAACAUUCCGGUUCCUUCCAGUCCAGUUCCGAUCGCCACCAUAGACCUGAUACCAAACCAGACCAGCUCUGAGCUAUGUCCUGUGUCAGAACCCAAGACUCCGGCCAAGAAGACGAAACACCAGGAGGAGCAGGAGGACGUGGGAAAGCCCGCCUGGGUGGUGUCCACCUCACCCUGGGUCACGCUGGCCUUUGCCAUCUACCAGCUGAAGGAGAUGGUGGCCCAGGAGAAACGGCCGUUGGCAGACCAGCCACAGCAGCUUCAGCAGCAGCAGGACAGAAAUGAAUUGGCCUCGUCUGCUACUUCGACUGAAGACACCCCAUACGAACCCCACAUGGAACGCGAGUCCAGUUCAGAGAGACCCUCCACGUCUGAGCGCCCGGUCAAGACGCCCCCCACCGCGGACAGCAGGGCGCUCAAAGGCCCUUCCGAGCCCCAAGAAGAGCCCCCAGACCCCAACACAGAAGACAGACUGCACAUAGAGCACCCCAAAUCCUUACCCACAGCUCCAGAUGAAUGUCACAGAACACCUCGAAGUUCCCCUGGCAAUCAGUAGCAGGAGGACUCGCUAAAAUCUAACUUCUGUAUCUCUGGAGAACGGAACGAUUAUCCCUAAAGGAAUGAUAUACUUUUGGACCUAAAGGGAGAAGUAAUAACUGAAAAGAAAUAAGUGCAAGAUUCAUACGUCUCAUAUAUACGUGUUUACAUUAGUCUUACACUGUAGCUGUCUUCCUGUUGUCGUCUUCUGCCUUGUACUGCCGCUAGACCGUUUGCCUUACUGCUGUUGUAACCAUCUUUACUUAGGGGCCUCUGAUUACUUAAUAUGUGCCUGCACUACUGCACAAAAGACCUCUGACUGAAGUAGAUUAGCACUCAGACAAACUUUGUGGAAUGUGUGACAGGGCUGCUAACCAAAGGUGAGUACAAUAGAACAGUGUGUGGGUCUUCACUUAUUUGUCUAAUUGUGUGAGGGGCUAUUUUUCUCCCAGUAUGGUGUACGAUGCCUUUGGUUAAACAGAUGAUUGGCAUUUCGGGUGGAAGUUACACAUGAAACGAGACAGGAAGGUCAGACAAGGUCACAGGAAGUGACCAGGGUGAAUGUGAACAGUCACUUGUUCAGCACAUUCUAUUAGGCAAAGGCUGGCACUAACCCCUCUGCUUAACGUUAGUCACAGACUAGGUAGUAGAAACUCAAUUGUUAGUGCCCUGUUACUACAAAAUAAGGCUGAAAUAAGGCUGUUUUGGUUCUUAUGCCUAGGAGCAAUACAGUGCUCUGUGGUGCCAUCAUUUGCCUUGAAGCUACAUUAAAAUUCACAUUAGCGUAAGGCACCUAACAGGGUAGUGCGAACCUGCGUAUGUGAAAGUUCUGGUACGCAGCCAAAAUUCUCAAGCCUCUGCAACAUAUGCUUUCACUGCCUGUGACUGAGGCGUAUGUAUGUUAGAAUAUUCACACUUACCAUCGCUGGUUAGCCUUCACGUCACAGUGAACUCAAUUAGAAUUUUAUGAAUAUUCUAUCUCUCAUUCCAAUGACAGCAAUAGCCUGCAUUAUUGUGUUGGUAUGUCAAGGAGCAUAGACCAUAUGUGAUAGUACAACCUCCAACCAAGGACAGUCUACAUUGUUUGACUCUACGUUGUUUGGUUUGCUUUGUUUAGAGAGCUUUCUAUGUGCGAGUGUAUUUUCCUGUAUGCGUGUAGUAUGUAUGUGUUUGUGCGUAUUUUCCCGUAUGCGUGUGUAGUACGUAUGUGUUUGUGUGCAUUUCCAACUCUGCCUUAUUGUUCAUUCUGCUCUUAAAGUGUGACUCAUUCCAAAAUCAGCUUGUUUACAUGUAAUUAGACAAAGGGAGUGGACAUACAAAUCUACAAUAAAAUAAGGCUGUAUUUAUUUAAAAAUUAAAAGAAAACAUUUUCCGAAA